AUGCUGAAGUCAAAAACGCCCACAAAACUGACAUACAAUUUUUCGAUGUUUGAAACAUUGACAACCGUCGCAAUUCAAUACCCAUGUGGCACAUAUGGCACAAUUGUAUUGCCGAAAUUUUGUGUCAGUUUGGGGUUAUCAAAAUGUUUGUGUGAUGUUAAGCUUGGUGAAGCAAAAUUGAUGCAUUUAAAAUUGAAAGAAAGCAAACCAAAAAUGACUGUUGAUGUUGACCAAAUCAGUACUUUUAUUUCUGAAGAUUCAUCGACUGAACAUAUCACGUUCAGAUUUGAUGGAAAGGAGACUGAAGGGUUUAAAAUUAGUCCAAUACUGAAAAUUUUUGAGGUCAAACUGUUUCGAUAUACACAAGGACAAUGUUUUUCUUCUGUUCGUAUACAAACUGAAAAGAGUUUUGUUACAAAAGUGGGAAAUUUGCAAAAAGAAAAUGGUGUGAUUACUUUUAAAGACACAGAAAUUAAGUGA